GGACAUUUAGCUUCUAAUAUCUAAUUUACGCCUCAAAGUUCGUGCUUGGAAAGCUACGCUUCAAGGUCACCUAUUGUCAGGAAAUGAACGCCGGACGAUUGCGUUUGGCCGUCAAUGGGUUUCGUCGAGCAUUUUCUUUCAGUUACUAUCCAAAAUCAAUUGGACUUCAUUCUGUUUCAUACAAGAAUUUAGGUAGACAACAGGCAACCUUCCGGUACAAUAUACCCUGCAGAUAUUAUGGACAUGAUGUACCAAUAACGAAGCCAAUGAUUGAAGACCGAGUAAUGCUUGUGCUAAGACUUUAUGACAAAGUUGAUCCCAAUAAGCUCACAAUGGACUCUAGAUUCCGUGAAGACUUCGGAAUAGAUAGCUUAGAUCAUGUAGAACUAGUUAUGGCGAUGGAGGAGGAAUUCUGCUUUGAAAUACCUGAUAUUGAUGCUCAAAGAUUUCUCACACCACGGGAUAUUAUACAGUACGUGUGCGACAAACAUGAUAUAUAG